GCCUCGCAACAGAACAACCAAGAUCGCCGCCGCGCGCACACGCCCGCGUCCGCAGAUACGCGCCGCUGGCGCAUCGCAGCAGCUGCUGCGCGCCUCCUUGAGGCUGCCCCGUUGACUUGUUGCAUCCGCAGGCACUCACACAAUGUACAAGCUCCUGCUCGUCCUCGCUUCGGCCCAGGCGCUCAAGCGCCCGCAGCGCGCGCUGGCCGUGCGCGGUGGUGAGGUCGACCCCAUCACGAUUGGCAAGGGCAUCGUCGCGGCGUCGGGCAUCUACGGCGCGUUCGAUCCCGCGGCAAACGCCGGUCUGUACGGGAUCAAGGCGGAGGACAAGGGCAACGCCAUGAUGCGUUUGAUGGGCUGGUCGCAGAUCCUCUUCGCGGCCGCGCUCAACCUCGACAUGGACAGCGUGGUUCGGCGUCGCUCUGGGUGCCUUCUUCCUGCGUCGUCUCGGCGCCGUCGCGGCGAUGGCGUCACGCGCUGCACGCCGUCGCCGCGAUUGCGUCGACGGCGUCGCGGCGAUGGCGUCAUGUCGUAUGCCAUAUCACCAUUCUAUCGCAUAGGCGUCCACGGCCAAAUGGCUUACCACUCGAUCGCGUUCCUCCUCGUCGCGCAGCCGUCCUUCGAGAAGUUCCAGUGCCCGAAGGCGCCCGACGCCGUCUGGAUGGCGAUCUGUGCGGCUGUUGGCUACAAGACCCUCGACGGGUCUCUCAACAAAUGGGUCCCGACGGCCAUCUGGCUCGCGAACGGCGCGCAGUUCUUCCUCGCUCCCCAGAGUGCGAUCGACCUCUACGAGAUGAAGGGCACGAACCGGUUGUGCAAGGCGAUGACGAGCAUGAUGGGCGGACAGAUGCUUUGCGUGGGGACGUACCUCGCGGCGCUCGUCAUGGACAAGAGCCAGUCGGAGGCGUUCGCCUACGCCAUGGCCGUCAAUGGUUUGGCCGCGGUCAAGUUCGCUCUGCAGGACGCUGAUGACCUCAAGGCCCCGAAGAGCGGCCCGCUCGCGUGGGCCGCCCUGUCGGCGGGCCUCGCCUACAAGGCGCUCAACUAGACUCGUACUAGAAAGUGACUAGAUUCACACAAGUAGAUAGACUUCGCGGG